CACAAGUGUUCUGUUUGUGUUGCUUUGUUUGGCGGCUUUUUGGCCCUUAUCAUGGCUCCUAAACGAAAGUCAGGGUCUUCAGAUGAUAGUGCUUGGAAGAAGAGGAAAGCCAUCACGAUGGAAAUGAUAUUAGAUAUUGUAAAAAGAUCAGUAGGAAUAAAGGCACCAUAUUUCCACCCAUUUCAGCACCUAUUGAGGAUUCUGAGUGAUGCCUGAAAUUGAACUUUCCAUGUCCAUCAUCACAACAAUAAAUGAUGGAAUUCCUAAUGGAAGAAUGGAGUUUCCAAUGGCAAGUCAACCCAGAGACACUUAUAUAAUCUACAUUGGAGAAAUCAAUGCACAUGAAUGGAUGGCUGUUUCCAUCAACAUAAAUGGGAGUUUGAAGGAAUUCGUAUUGCUGGGAUUCCCCGGGUUGGGAGAAGAGUACUACAAGGUUGUAUUUGCAGCAGCUCUGCUUGUGUAUGUGAUUGCUCUUUGUGGCAACCUCAUAUUACUUUCUGUUAUCACGUGUGACAAAAAGCUCCAUAUCCCCAUGUAUUUUCUUGUAUGCAAUUUAUCGUUGGCUGAUAUUAUUUAUAUAUCAACUUCGCUCCCUAAAUUAAUGUCAAGAUACCUCCUUGAUGACAAGGUCAUAUCAUAUAAUGGAUGCUUUACACAGAUGUACUUUUUUUUAUGUUUGUCGGCUCUGGAAUCAUAUAUUCUUGUUGCAAUGGCCUUUGAUCGUUUUUUAGCAAUCUGCCAACCUCUUAGGUACCCGACUUUAAUGAACGGUAGAAAUAGCAUUUUGCUUGCAGUGUUUGGCUGGACUUUAGGUUUCAUUACACCUAUCAAGUCUGUUUCAUUAACUCAAACUAUGGAUUUCUGUGGCCCAAAUAAAAUUUAUCAUUGCAUUUGUGACUACAGUGCAGUAAUUAAACUUGCUUGUAAUGACAUUUCUGGGAUCAGUACACAGGGCCUGGUGACGGCGUUAUCGAUUAUCAUAAUCCCAUUUACUUUUAUUGUUUUCACGUAUAUAAACAUAGGACUUGCAGUCACUAAAAUUAAAAGUUCGGGGAGAGCUAAAGCUUUCUCUACGUGUGUUGCGCAUCUACUCAUUGUAGUGUUUUUUUACAUUUCAGCGACAUUUGUUUUUGUUUCUUAUAGAAUUCAAAAUGUAUCGACAGAUUUCCGCAUUUUGGGUUCACUUCAGUAUGCGGUGAUACCUCCUCUGCUAAACCCUUUUAUAUAUUCAUUUAGAAAUAAAGAUAUACGUGAAGCAAUUAAAAAGAAAUUUAAAGAUAAUAUGGUCGAAAAACAUCAAAUUGAUGUCAUGGCUAUCCCGAGUUGUUAAUCAAUACAGACAUCAUUUCUUCAGGACUAAGGUUUGAGCAAAUCUGACUUGGAUAAUGUGGCGGUGACAUGCACAUUUUUGUUUUAUAAUUUCUGAAACGGUAUAUGACAGUGAAUUGCCCGGUUUAUUAUUUAGGGGAUUAAAAACAAUACGUGUGUUAAAUGCACCUCGUGCAUUAUCUAGUCUCAUUUUGCAGAAGAAUAAUUUCAUAAAAUAAUUUGAAUACAAUUUUUUGCAAUCAUAUAAGGUAUAGUACAUUUUCUUAUUACUAUAUUCACUUAUUUUAAAUGGCUUUGGUCAGUGUCAGGUCUGGUUCUGUCGGAAACUUGAUGCUUCUGGGCUGAGCACUGCUAACAAAAACCUUGUAGGCUACCUUCGAUUAUGUGGAUUCAGUAAAUAGCUGGUAGGGCGCUCUUAUUAAAGUAGAACAUAAAAUUACUACUAUUACUACUAUGAAUAAUAAUAGCAAUAAUAGAAAAAACUAACAGCAGUGAUAAUUGAAAUGUAUUAUAUUGUGCAUUUAGAUAGAUAGAUAGAUAGAUAGAUAGAUAGAUAGAU